AUAACUCAACGAAUCAUGCUGUUCUAAAUUCAGUAUAGAAUACUCGAAAACAGAUUGAUUUUAUAUGCUUCGAGAGUUUGUCUUCCCAAGAAAUUUUUGUAUGACUUCAUCGUCAGUCAGGCGUCCUUUGUUUGUAUGUGUAGCCAGUUGAAUCUGACCAAUUUGGUUAAUGGAUUUGCCCAGCUUGAGCACUCAGCUGCGUACAAACGCUAUGCGAUAUAGUUCCAACUUUUCAUCGCAAAUGCCAUGUGACAGUCCCCCUCGACGCCAACAACGCCCGCGUUCCUUCGAUUCGGUUCAGGCGGGAAUGCGUCCUCCUGGAAUUUGUGUCGCUAGAUCACUCCCAGAUUCAGAGUUUGAAAAUAUUCGCCGUUGUUUUCAAAGGUUCCUCCACCACUGGUUUCUUGGCUUGUCUUAUUUAGUUUCCUCACAAAAUGGACGCACUCUUUCCAGGGCAAAUACGGCGACGGAGGGUUACCUGAACUGCAGUGAGUUGAAAACGUACAUGGACCUUCGGAAGUGCCCCAUCACGCAAUGGGAAGCAGAGAAGCUUUUAGAAUAUGCAGACCCCACCUACCACUACUACAUAACAUUGGAACAGAUUACAAACUUGGCGAUCCACUUUGGCAUUGGGACUCAACACCCACUGCGCUUAACCCGCUCAGAGUUUGAAAUUGCGAUUCAGCGAUCAUUCCGUCGCUCUGCAGACACUCCGACGUCAUUCAUAUCCCGACAGCAAUCCAGAGACGAGUUUGACUUUGAUGGGGUUUUGAGCUAUUUCGAAAAUCGGGCCGCCAUGGAAGACGUCGAUUAUCCAGAUUCUCACUACAACAGCGACCAAGAGUCGGAAGGAAUCGCUGAUAAUGAUGAGGCCGUGGUGCCAGAGAAAGGUAUCGUUCAGUUUCAAAAGUCUCGCCAUCAUGUUCGUGAUACGACACAAAAGGAAGUUGGGCUGCAAACCGAGGAGCAACAGCAGUAUUCAAGUCCAACUAAUCCACUCCAACUGAUCAACUCUGCUUUCCCAAAGAGAUCCGUCAGAAGGGAUGAGGACCAGACUUUCAUUGAUGACGACCAUCUUCAACCUGUCCGAGCAAUCAAGGAAAGAUGGGAAGAGAAGAUCCGUGAACUCAUUGCCACCAAAGGGGACGAUUUCCUAGUAAAGUUGGAUACGCAGAGGAAACUGGGAAUAAACACAAACUUGCUAAAACUGCAGAAAAAUACAAAAUCCCUGUCAAACAGAAAUCCUAUCAAACCAUCCAAAUUGACGCAAAUGCCUUCAAAUUUAGCUGUUAUUACAAUACGAUCCCCACCCCCGGCCAAGUCCAUUUUUCGGAGAGAAAACAAACCUCCUAGAUUACCAGACAGCAUUUCUGCACAGAAAGGAGUUAGCACUGAAUUUAUGCAAACUAAGAGACACGCCAGACUUAGCGAGAUGAGAAUUAAGAACAAAGUGCCUGCUCCACCCCCGUUGCCACCACCGAUGAUUCCUGAAAUCCCACUCGAGUGGAGACGUGGGAGGGGUGCGCGACCAGACCGAGGCGGUCAGCAGCAUCGGCGAGCUGUAAAACAACGGGGGACUUGACACAGCAGCGUAAUUCACACCCAUUCCAAAAAAUAAAUCCAUACUCGAAAAAUUUUGAUGUGUGAAGUAAAUUUUUUGCAGUGACAGCAGAAUCAGUUUAGCAAAAUAAAAAAAUACAUU